AUGGACGCGUCAGAGGGCAAGGCCAGCAAGAAGAGACAACUCGAGGAGGAGCUUGAGGAAGAGGAGGAAAUGGACGGAGAGCAGGAGUUUGAUGAAGAGGAUGGCGAGGGCAGUGAUGAUGGAGAGGAUUACGAGGACGACGAUGACGACGAUGACGAGGAAGAUGACGAUCCCGAGCUGAGCGAUUUGGACGAGGAGGAAAAGGUAGACUUCGCGUUCUUUGAUCCCGAGGAGAUCGACUAUCACGCCAUAAAGAACUUCUUGCUGCCCUUCCUCGAGGGCCAGGCGUUCAGUGCGGGCGAUUUGGCGGACCUGAUCAUCAAACAGAACGAGUACGUCGGCACUGUCGUCAAGGUUGAGGGUGAAGACGAGACCUACGGCUUCGUUUCAGUCGUCAACCUCCACAAGCACAAGGUGAGAGAACAUGCCCCGGCCUCCACCACCUUCACCACGGCCAUCGCCAUCACCACUCCCAUCCGUGACUUGACCGCCGUGCGACAGAUCAAGGAGUACCUCUUGUCCAAGGCACCCAACCAGAGUGAGAAAGAGCGACUCGAGUCCCUCUUUAACGACGAGUCGCAGCCGCUGGGCCUUCUCUUCAAUGAGUACAGCGUCUCCCUCCCUCCCCCACAGGAGUGGCUUGGGCGAAUGUCGGUGGUGUGUGAAAAGUACUCUGAAACGCGAUUGAUCAACCUUCCGCCUCAGCUGGCUCCCCACUUGCACAAGGCCCUCUUCUCGGAGAUCCAGGCUGCCGUGGAAGACGGCGACUCGAGCUUCCAGUUCGAGAACUACAUCCUGAUUUCCAACCAGUACAGCCACAGCCUGGGCGAGAGCACCGACAAGCCCAAGUCCAAAAAGGGACGAACAGGCGAGGAGACAUUCUACACCCGGCCAGAGGAGGAAUUCUAUCAGAAGGAGGCGAACUUCUUCUUCACUUUCCCGGUCAUGCACGGCGAGGAGGCCUCGCGCUGGACCUUUGACGGCUCGCUGAAGGACAACAGGGCCAUCCUCCUGAUCAACCAGUCCAAGAUUCCCGCCAUCCUCGAGAAGCUCUUCAAGGUCUGCGCCUAA